GGAAGAAUCUAAGAGUUUGUGGUGAUUGCCAUGAGGCUACCAAAUACAUUUCGCUCGUGACGGGAAGGGAAAUUAUAGUGCGCGAUUUACAAAGGUUUCAUCAUUUUAAGAAUGGAAGAUGUUCUUGCGGGGAUUACUGAUACCCUUUAGCCAAAAGCUCUCACCUUUGUGUUGAAUUUAGAUACCCUUUAUAGUUUCUCUACAAUGGCUUCUACUCCAAACAACUCCUCGAAUCCUGCUCCUAGACCUGCUGAAAAUCAUAAUCUCAAUCACCAAAAUAGCCAUAAACGCCGUAGAAAUGUUUGGUCUUCCUCCUCUGUGAACUAUUCCAACUCAAGGUUUGCACCUUUAGCUCCUGCUGCUGCUGAUGUUGAUAUAGCUGCUGCACAUGGUAGUGGCAAUGGUAGUGUAAGAGGUGUAUAUUCGUCUGCGCCGAGAUCUUUAUUGGAUGGCAGGAGAUCAAAGCUGGCUCCUGAGUUUUCUGGCAGGAGGUCCACCAGGUAUGCUGCCAAGAAACAUUCUGGAAUGCCAAGGGCAGCGCGUAAUACACUGCCUCACAGCGAAGCUGCCAAUGAGGUUCUUACUUAUCUCUACAAUGCUGGUAACAUUGUUACUAAUAUAGAUAAUGUUUUGAUUUCAAAUGAACAUAGGCUAUGGGAAAUUGAGGAUUAUAUUUAUAUGCUUAAAGAUUUUGGUAAUACUGGUCACUUAUUGUUAGCUGAGAGGUGUUACAAAUUUAUUAUGAGUAAGUCAAAUGAGAGGGUUGCUAAAGGUAAGUUAACCAGUGCUAUGAUUGGUACUCUUGGUAGGUUAGGGAGGAUUGUUCGAGCUAUAGACUUGUUUGGAAAAUCUAGGAUUGAAGGUUAUGGAAUGACCGUGUAUACGUUUUCGGCCAUGAUUAGUGCGUAUGGCCGAAAUGGGCGCUUCCCUGAUGCGGUAAAUUUGUUCAUGUCUAUGCGUGGCUUGGGCCUUGUGCCCAAUUUGGUUACGUACAAUUCGAUAAUUGAUGCGGGUGCGAAGGGGGAGGUGAGUUUUGAUGUAGUUGUUAAGUAUUAUGAUGAAAUGCUAGCUGCUGGCAUAAUGCCGGAUCGUCUUACAUAUAAUUCACUUCUUUCUGUUUGCGCCUCGAAGGGCAUGUGGGAAAUGGCUCAAAAGUUAUUGAGAGAAAUGGAUGGUAGGCGUAUUGUUCGCGAUGUGGUUACGUAUAACACGUAUUUGGACACGCUAUGUAAAGCCGGACAAAUUGAUUUGGCUAGAAGGGUAUUCGAAGAGAUGUCUUUCAAGUGCGUUUGGCCAACCAUUGUGACGUAUAGCACACUUAUGGAUGGCUAUGCAAAGGCUAACCUCUUGGAAGAUGCCCUACUUCUAUAUGAAGAAAUGAAGCUUCGAUCUGUUUGUCUCGAUAGAGUGUCCUAUAACUCACUGGUCAGCAUCUAUACGAAGCUCGAUAGGUUUGAUGAAGCUGUCAGUAUAUGCAGAGAGAUGGACGGAUGUGGAAUUAAAACUGACGUCGUUACAUACAAUGCUCUGUUGGCCGGGUAUGGUAGGCAUGGUAUGUAUGCUGAAGUUAGAAGACUCUUUGAAGAGAUGAAAGUUCGAAACAUAUAUCCCAAUACACUAACCUACUCUACGAUGGUCGAUGUGUACACUAAAGGUGAAAUGUUUCAGGAAGCGAUGAAUGUUUAUAUAGAGUUCAAAAUGGCAAGAUUGGAGGUUGAUGUUGUCUUUUACACUACAAUCGUAGACGCACUCUGCAAAAACGGUUUAGUGGAGUCUUCUAUUAUGUUGCUUAUUGCAAUGAUUGAAAAAGGAAUAAAGCCAAAUGUGGUGACAUUCAACUCCAUAAUAGAUGCAUGUCAACCGUUGCCAGCUUUGGAGUAUGGAGUUCAUGGUUCUUCGCAAGCCAUCGAGUAUCCAAAUGAACAAUCAUCUGCAAUGCUUAUUGAUGGUGCUUUUCAGAAUAAUCCCGGGGAGGACCGGAUCUUGAAGAUGUUUCAGCAACUUGCUUCUGAAAAAGCUGGUCAUGUAAAGAAGCUUAGGAGGGGACGACAAGACCUACACUGCAUAUUUUGGCUCUUCCAAAAAAUGCACGAACUACACAUUAAACCAAAUGUUGUCACAUUUUCAGCCAUUUUGAAUGUGUGCAGUCGCUGUAAUUCAUAUGAUGAUGCUGCAAAGCUGUUAGACACGCUGCGCUUGUUUGAUAGCCAGGUGCAUGGUGUAACCCAUGGACUGUUGAUGGGUUAUAGGGAACAAGUAUGGUUUACUGCUCAGACUCUAUUCAACGAAAUCAUGCGAAUGGAUUCUUCAACUGCGUGCGCGUUUUAUAACGCCCUCACAGAUAUGUUGUGGCACUUUGGUCAGAGACGCGGAGCUCAAAUGGUUGCAAUUGAAGGGAAAAACCGAAAUGUGUGGAAAGGCGAAUGGUCAAUUUCUUGCUUGGAUCUGCAUCUGAUGUCUUGUGGUGGUGGCUGUGCUAUGGUUCAUGAUUGGUUGCUCAAUAUGCAUAGGACUUUAUUUCAAGGCUCUGAACUGCCUAAGAUUGUGAACAUAUUAACUGGUUGGGGAAAACACAGCAAAGUGAUGGGUGAUGGAACUUUGAAAAGAGCUAUUGAAGCACUCCUUAACGGAAUGGGAUCGCCUUUUAGAUUCGCUGAGAAUAAUAUGGGAAGACUUACAUCUUCCGGAGAUCUGGUCGCUACUUGGCUGAGACAACCUGGCAUUAUCAAUAUGCUCCUUCUCUCCGAUGUCCUUAAUCAUUCUCAACCUGCUGGUCCACCACAUGGUUAUCCAGCUUCUGGUUGUUAGAUUGAUAGAAGCUACGUAGCACCGGUGUGUCCAUAACGAUUCGGCUAAGAACCUUCACCACAAAUGACGGAUCUUUUGCGAAUAUCAUGGUGCAGCGGGCGAUUGUUCGUUAGUUUAAGAUUCUGCAAUAAUAAAUUAAAAAUAAAGACGCUAAUCACAUUCUAGGCUCUUCGGCGAAAAAAGGAUCAAGUUUCGGUGAAAGUUGAUCAAUACUUGAACUGUUGAUGUCGUGUUAUUGAGUUAGUGUUGUUUAGUGUGGUCCAAAUGAGUUUUCGAACUCUUAUAGUUUAAUAGUCAGAAUUUUCCUAUUAAAAGUGAAUAAAUGAGAUAUUGCGAGUUUGAAUCUCAACCUCAAUAAUUGGAGUUUAAUAGUCAGAAUCUUACUAUAAAAGUGAAUAAAUGAGAUAUUGCGAGCUUGAAUCUCAACCUCUACAAAUGGAGUUUAAGACGGUAGAUAAACAAACACUUGAAUUCAAAUAAACCAGUCGUAAAUCAAUUCAUACCGAAAUACAAAACACUAUUAACCAACUCUAAUGA